ACUCUUCUAAUUAAAUAACCACAUCACGUCUGUUUUUUUUUAUUCUAUAUUAUUUACCAUAUAACCUAAUAUUAUAUACAAGAAAGUCGUGAACUUUUUACAUAUAAAUAAGUAUAAAUCGUUCCAAUGAUAUUGCCAGCGUCGGAGUUUUGGUUGGGUACAAAUAUCUGACGGACCGACAAUCAAAUGUCAUCGGAAGUAACUUGGGGGCAAUAAUUAAUUAAUUUAAAGAAAAAACCUCCGUUGAUCUUUUCAAGUGUCAACAGCCUCACACGAUCCCAAAGGCCUCCAUUGGCAGAUUUCUUUCUUUCUUUAUUCCUAUUCGAACCGAUUGGACCAAGCCUCAUUAUAUAUACAUACACAUAUAUCUAUAUAUAUAUUGAGCUUUUGAAUGUUAAGAGCGACUAUAUUAAAUAUGAUAAAAACACCAAAAGAGAAACUGCCUUUUGCUUCGCUCGUCAAAGAGAUCAUAAGAAGCCAAGUUGGCUUCCAACGCCUUCUGUCUUCUGCUCUUCUGAAAAGUUGGAGCUCUCGUCCACUUCUAUAUAUAUAUAUAUAUAUAUGUGUGUAUACACUUGCAAGAUCUUCACAUUUCUUUUUGACUGCUUCUGUUUUCAGCAUCUGGGCAAGAAAAAGAGAUCAAGAAACGCCUAAACAUCUGUUGAUCAUUCGAGGGAGGGUUUGAAGAUGGGUUUCUUGGCACUGUUAGAGGUGGCUUCCAUGCCCAUUGUCCAAGUUCUCCUCAUCAGCGUCCUGGGCGCUUUCUUGGCUACCGACUACUGCUCUCUUCUCUCUGCCGAAACUCGGAGAUCCCUGAACAAGGUGACACAGCUGGAAAAAAAAUGGCGUAUAUACCUCUUUUUAGAUGUAUCAGGCAUGCAUGUAACUUGGUCUAAAUUGCUCAACAUCCUUUUCGCAGCUUGUCUUCGUGGUAUUCACGCCUUGCCUCAUGUUCGCCAGCCUGGCCAAGACCGUCACUUUACAGGACAUCAUUUCAUGGUACGUACUGAGAGGUGGUUAAACACUGUUCGAAAGAGAAAAGAGGGGAUCCGUACUCAUGUGAUUAUAAAACUCUCUGCUGUCAGGUGGUUUAUGCCCCUGAAUGUGGGAAUCACCUUUCUGGUGGGAGGCGUUCUUGGAUGGUUGGUGGUCAAAGUUCUGAAACCGAAACCUCAACUUCACGGCCUGAUCAUCGCUACCUGUGCUUCAGGCAACAUGGGAAACCUUAUGCUCAUUCUCGUCCCUGCUAUCUGCGAUGAAGAAGGCAGCCCCUUUGGCAGCCGGAGCGUUUGCAGAUCCAUCGGCCUCUCCUAUGCGUCUUUCUCCAUGGCCCUUGGAGGUUUCUACAUAUGGACGUAUAGCUACCAAUUGGUGAGAAGCUCGGCCGUGCAGUUUAAAGCUCUUGCCUCAUCGGUCAAGUCGCAGAACAAGGACAUCGACUCCGAUCACCACACUCACCUCCUCAAGACAGACAUUGAAACCCAAACACAGCAUGACCAACCAUCUGAGAAGAAAAAGGCUUCAGCUUGGACGAACAUAAAAGACUUGCUGCAUCAGAUUCUUGAGGAACUCUUCGCUCCACCGACCAUUGGUGCGAUUCUCGGUUUCGCUUUUGGAGCAACCAAGUGGUUGAGGAACCUUAUAAUUGGCGAGACCGCCCCUUUCCGAGUCGUCCAAGAUUCUGUUCAACUACUUGGUGACGGCACAAUUCCUUGUAUCACACUCAUACUUGGUGGCAACCUCAUUCAAGGUCUGCGCUCCUCGGCUGUGAAGACAUCUGUCCUUGUCGGAGUAAUCUGUGUCCGGUACAUUAUCCUUCCCAUCAUAGGAAUCGGAGUUGUUCAAUUAGCCGGGAAUUUCGGGUUUCUACCUGAAGAUCCACUGUUCAAAUACGUUUUGAUGCUUCAGUUUACGCUGCCGCCCGCUAUGAAUAUCAGUAAGUCCUCUUUGAAUAACAAAAAAACAAGAAAGUGGUUUUUCGCAGCAGAGCUCAUAACGGUUUCCCACUGUUGCAGGCACUAUGGCACAGUUAUUCGAUGUGGCUCAAGACGAAUGCUCAGUCAUCUUUUUGUGGACGUACCUGGUUGCAUCAUUGGCCCUCACCGUUUGGUCAACCAUCUUCCUCUCUAUCCUGUCCUAAGAGGAUCCACACCAUGUCCAAUCCCAAUCGAUAGCUGUCUGUAAAUAUCGCCUUAUUACGGUUAAAAAAGAGUCCCCAAUUGGGUGAAGAACCUUUGUCAUUGAUCACACUUUUGUCAUGAAUUGAAGAGUUGUACCUUGUACUAUGGCUCUGCUUCAAGAAUCCAGACAACCUUAGAUUUACCAAAGAAAUUAAUGGAACAGAUAUUUAAAGCCUAGAGCUGGUUAAUUAUAAUCUUGUCCAACAACCACAUAAUCUGUUCAAAACUAUCAAGAUCAGCUAAAAAUUAAGCGUAUCGAACAGACAAUAUGACAA